CAGACAGUGCUCGGUGUUGGCCAAGUUCGGUCCUUCUACUGAUGCUAAACCUAUAGGUACAGCGUCGUAUAGGAUUGCUAACGCGUGCCAUUUGUCAUUAGCAGGUGUAGCUCGGAGGUGCGCGUGUGCUGUUUUUUCCUUUGCUUUUCUUUUCGGGUCAUCGACGACGGAGAGAGAGAGACAGAGAGCCAUUGUUGGGCGACCAUCCCGUUGGGCUCGUGUAUAUAUGUAUAUAUAUAUAUAUGAUAUAUAUGUACCUGGUUGAGUAAAUAGCCCUUGCGAGUAAUCAUUGGUGCCGCGGAGGUAUCGGGGACGAGCGGUAAAUGCGAGGAGGUGCAGCCGAGAGGAUGGAAGAGGAGACGGAAAUCGUCGGUAGUUCCCUGAUGAACCGGGUUUACUACGCGGCCAGGGACGGGUUGGCCAUCACCCUCUUCGCCAUGCUCAACGACGAGGAGCCCGAGCUCUCGACCAAACUCAUCAACCAGAGCUUCUUGCAAGAAGAUGGCCAAUGUUGCUCUCCGUUUAUCGUGGCAGCCAGAUACGGCCACAACCGAGUGAUAAAAAUGCUCUUGGAAAAAUUUAAAAUAGACAUCGAGCAAGAGGGAAGAGUAAAAUUCGACGGAUACAUUAUCGAGGGUGCAAGCGCCCUUUGGUGUGCUGCUGGCGUGGGACAUUUAAACGUGGUGAAAACACUGGUUCAAGCGGGAGCAAACGUAAAUCACCCGUCAAAAACAAACUCGACUCCAGUGAGAGCUGCUUGUUUCGACGGAAGACUGGACAUAGUCAAGUACUUGAUCGAUCACUCGGCGGACAUUCACAUUGCCAAUAAGCAGGACAACACUUGUUUGAUGAUCGCUGCCUACAAAGGCCACCUCGAUGUCGUGAGCUUUUUGUUGGAAAAUGGAGCAAAUCCAAAUGGAAAAGCCCAGAGCGGCGAAACGCCUUUGCACUUUGCCGCCGAGUGCGGUCACACUGCCAUAGUCAGGGAUUUGCUGAGACACGGGGCGAAACUGACGAAGAACAUGAACAACAUGACACCGUUGAUAUUGGCGGCGGAGAGAGCGAGAGCCGAGGUUGUCGAGUGCCUCAUUGAGCACGAGAACGUGAACAAGGAGGACAUGAUCGAGGCUUACGAGCUUCUUGGCGCUUCGUUUGCCAACGACAAAGACCAGUACUGUCUCCACAAAUCGUACACCUAUUUGCACAAAGCCAUGACCUUGAGAUUUCCAUGUGCAGCGACGGCGAAAUUACUCAUCAAAUGCGGGGCCGACGUCAACGCAAUGGACAACGAGCGAAACACGCCGCUUCACAUCAUCGUUCUGUAUGAAAAGCCAAUUAGCGACUUCAUGACGCUGCACUCGAUUAUUUUGGACCUCGUUCAAGCAGGCGCUCACAUGGACACCGUCAACAGCCAAGGAAAGACACCUUACGAUGCGGCUACCACUGGCGUAGCCGAAAUAAUUCUUCGAACACAAAGGAAGUUGUCUUUAAAGUGCAUAGCGGCCAAAGUCGUGAAAGCGUACAAUCUUUCGUAUGCCGGUAACGUACCACGUAACCUUGAAAGUUUCAUCGAAUUGCACGGCCCGGGGAUGAAACAGGGCUGACACUGUGACUGGAUGUCGUUGAAGGGACGACUUUCUUAGAUGUUCCUGAUUCAGAGAGAUUAUACACUGAGGUCAAACCACGAAUUGUAGAUAGAUUUUUUACAACAGAAAGUUAUUGAAAAAAAAACAAAAACAAAAAAAACUUUAUAUUUCACCGUUAUUUCUUAAUUGUACAGAUGUAAUUUUUAUAACUUGUCAAAAUGUAAAAAGUGUUGCAGAAUAAAAAUUUUAGUACCGUU